AUUCACAUUAUAUAUUUUUGAUCUUUUCCUACAUAUUUUUCUCUUCUUGACCCCUACUGCAUCGUUCUCAAUUUUUCUUUUAUCACCAUGGUCCUUGUUACAAAGCUCACAAAGAUGCUUGGCAUCAAACAUCCAAUUGUUCAAGGCGGUAUGCAGUACGUGGGAACAGCAGAAAUGGCUUCGGCGGUAUCGAAUGCGGGUGCGUUGGGUGUUUUGACAGCGUUGACCCAACCGACGCCAGAGGCUCUUCGUGCCGAAAUUCGUCGUUGUCGUACCAUGACGAACAACCCAUUUGGUGUGAAUCUGACUUUUUUGCCCGCUAUUGUACCACCGCCUUAUGAGGAAUACGUCAAGGUCAUUAUAGAUGAAGGUAUCAAGGUAGUGGAAACGGCCGGUAACAAUCCUGGCAAAUAUAUCAAGAUGUUCAAAGAUGCAGGCGUCAUUGUCAUUCACAAAUGUACUGCUAUUCGACAUGCGUUAUCGGCUCAAAAGUUGGGUGUGGAUGUACUCUCCAUUGACGGUUUCGAAUGUGCGGGUCAUCCGGGCGAAGAUGAUAUUACUGGUUUAAUCUUGCUUGCCAAGGCGGCUACCACCCUCCAAAUCCCUUAUAUUGCUUCAGGAGGCUUUGGUGAUGGACGAGGAUUGGCGGCAGCUCUUGCUCUGGGAGCCGAAGGCGUCAAUAUGGGUACUCGUUUCAUGUGUACCGCAGAAGCGCCUAUCCAUCAUCACAUCAAAGAAACCAUUGUGGCUGCUGACGAGCGAUCGACUACGCUUGUCUUCCGACCUUUCCGCAACACUUCGCGUAUCUUCAAAAACAAGAUUGCGAAAGAAGUCAAUAACCGUGAAAAGAAUCCCAAGGUUGUAUUUGAGGACGUGAGAGAACUUGUGGCGGGCUCCCGUGGGCGUCAAGUCUACGUAACUGGUGACCCCGAUUUUGGUGUGUGGACGGCUGGCCAAGUGGUGGGUCUCAUCAAUGAUAUUCCCACCUGUCAUGAACUUGUCUCACGCAUGGUCAAAGAUGCCCAAGAUAUCAUUACAAAGAGACUCGGCAGCAUGGUCGCCGCCGACAGUAAACUGUAACUUCCCCCAAUCAUACCAAGCGCUGACAUAUUUAAUAAAACAUACAUUUUUUGAUAUGAACAUAAGCCCUUCAUACUGCUAUUAUGAAUCACAAUUUCAAAUUUGUAAU